AUGUACACCGAUGAGCUGGAUGACAUCGCGUGCAACGAUGAGCCAUUGGCGGCUGUGUUUGGAGGGGUACUGCCCAGUGACAAGCUGGGCAAGCAAAAAAGAAAAAGCGUUGGGGACACGGCCUACAUCGUUAACACCGACCCUAGCAAUAAACCUGGUAUGCAUUGGCUGGGUGUCUACGAGACUCCUGACCAUCUUGAGUUUUUCGACAGUUUUGCUUUUAACCCCCGCACUUAUGGGGGUGGUAUCCAACAAUUUUGUCUCCAGCACAAUAUUAUCCAUUCUCGUCCCGGCCCAAGCCAAUCUGGAAAAACCACCUUUGUUCACAGCCUACUAGAACAGAAAAAAACAGCAUUUGACCGAACACCCCAGAAAAUAGUCUAUUGCUACGGCGCCCACCAGCCUCUGCUGGAAGCCCUGAAACAAAAACUUGGUGUCGUGCUCCACAGGGGGCUCCCCGAGUCCAUAGAAAAACUCUUUGUACCGCAAGAACGACCUGGAGUCCUCAUCAUUGACGACCUCAUGGGCGACCUAAAUCGCAUGAGCGACAUCUUCACGAAAACAUCCCAUCACCAUGACAUCACUGCUAUCCUGAUCCUGCAAAAUUUGUUUCCACCGCAAAAAGAAGCGCGCACCAUUUCGUUAAACGCCCACUAUAUUGUAGUCUUUAACAACCCGCGAGAUCAGUUAGGCUGCCGUAACCUUGCUGCCCAGGCAUUCCCCAAUAGGGUAGGUUUUGUCAUGGAUGCUUUCAGACAGGCGACGAGCGCCCCCUACGGGUACCUCCUCUUCGACUUUCAUAAAAAUACCCGUCCGGAGUGCCGACUACGCUCCCACGUACUUCCUAGCGACCAGCGUAGUUACGUCUACGUACCCGUGGAAGACGUGGAUCACAUUUGCGUGUUCACGGAUAAAUACACCCCAACCAUCUAGGAACACCGUCAUUCAGGGGUACCAACGGCACGUGAAAAGAGCGCCUAAAAAUGUCUAACAUUCGUAUCCGGGGGAAAAUACGACGCUUACCAUACCAGUACUACUACA